GCGAAAAAAACUCCCUUAGAUCUUGAGCGAAAAAAAAAAAAUGAAAAAACUUCCUUAGAUCUGAGCACCUGUGCCUCGGACAGACAAGACAACCCAUCGCACCCUUCCUUAAUUCACUUCUCCCAGAUUCUCCAGAAACCCUAGCCGCUUCAACCUUCCUUCUUUUCCCAUCUCUUCUGCAAUCAACGCUCCACUACACGCUCAACUCCUCAAAUCUAUCUUCUUUACCGGAAUUGCUCUUCAGCUCUUUACACAAACUACUUCCGGCACGACACUCCUUCUGAAUCUUUGGUGUCCUGUUCGAUGAGGGCCAUUACUGGUAAUGGGUAUUGAAGGUGCUCUCAUUUCUUGUUAAUGCACGGGCAAGUGCAGAGAUGGGCCUGAUUUCUGCGGUUUGAAUUGUGCUAAUUGAUCAGGGUUUUCAAAGUUUUCUUAUUUCCAUGGUAUAUCCUGUCUCCAGAGGCAUUCUGCUUUCAUUUGAUGACGACCGCCAAGAUACGCUUAGUGAUUAAAUCUUUUGAUCGCCCAUUAUCUUUUGGAAAGCAGUUUUUGGGGCGGAAGAUUGGAUUGCCUGAAAAACGAGUCUUAUAUACUGUGUUGCGAUCACCCCAUAUUGAUAAGAAGUCCAGAGAACAAUUUGAAAUGAGAAUCAAGAAACAAAUUGUGGAUAUAGAAACUGACACGCAGGAAUUGCGCAAGAAGUUCUUUUGGUUGAAACGUUUCCGAGCUCUUUAAGUAGGCCGUCGGCGGCUAUCUUUUUUGUUUUCGUUUAAAUCACCCUUUAGGAAAUAAAAGAGUACUUAUUUUCACUUCUUUUUACCAUUAAAGAUGGACAAGUCGAGCGCUUUGGAGUAUAUCAACCAGAUGUUCCCUACAGAGGCAUCUUUAUAUGGUGUCGAGCCACUCAUGCAAAAGAUACACAGUGAGAUUCGUCGUGUAGAUGCUGGAAUAUUAGCAGCUGUUCGUCAACAGAGUAAUUCAGGAACCAAAGCCAAGGAGGAUCUUGCAGCUGCUACGUGUGCUGUGGAGGAACUCAUGUAUAAGAUCCGAGAAAUAAAAGGGAAAGCUGAGCAAAGUGAGAUGAUGGUUCAGGAAAUAUGCCGCGACAUUAAAAAGUUGGACUUUGCAAAGAAGCACAUAACGACUACAAUUACAGCUCUUCAUCGUCUUACCAUGCUAGUCUCUGCUGUUGAGCAGCUUCAAAUUAUGGCUUCAAAACGACAAUAUAAGGAGGCAGCUGCACAGCUAGAGGCUGUGAACCAAUUAUGUAGUCACUUUGAAGCCUAUAGGGAUAUUCCAAAGAUCACAGAACUCAGGGAGAAGUUUAAGAAUAUCAAACAAAUUCUCAAGUCACAUGUGUUUUCUGAUUUCUCCAGCUUAGGUACUGGAAAAGAGACAGAAGAAACUAAUUUACUACAGCAUUUAUCUGAUGCCUGCUUGGUUGUUGAUGCUUUGGAGCCAUCUGUGAGGGAAGAGUUGGUAAACAAUUUUUGCAGCCGUGAGCUUACUUCGUAUGAACAAAUUUUUGAAGGAGCUGAACUGGCUAAGUUGGAUAAAACUGAAAGGAGAUAUGCAUGGAUCAAGCGUCGAAUAAGAACAAAUGAAGAAAUCUGGAAGAUCUUUCCUCCUUCAUGGCAUGUUCCUUAUCGCCUCUGCAUCCAGUUCUGUAAGAAAACGAGGAAACAGCUUGAGGAGAUCCUGGAUAAUCUGAAAGAAAAACCAGAUGUUGGGGCUUUAUUGUUGGCACUACAACGAACUCUAGAAUUUGAGGAUGAAUUGGCUGAGAAAUUCGGCGGAGGUGCACGAAGCUUGGAGACAGGUAACGAGAUUGAGGAAAUAGGCAGGGGCAAAAAUACUAGUCAAAGUGUUUUAGAUAUUCGAAAGAAGUAUGAAAGGAAGUUUGCUGCACAUCAAGGAACUGGAACUGAAGAAAAUGAUGGAAAGAAAGAGUUGUCGGUGCCUGGAGCUGGGUUCAACUUCCGUGGAAUCAUAUCAUCUUGCUUUGAACCUCACUUGACAGUGUAUGUAGAACUGGAAGAGAAGACAUUGAUGGAGAAUCUGGAGAAACUUGUUCAGGAGGAGACGUGGGAUAUAGAAGAGGGAAGUCAGAAUAAUGUUUUAUCAAGUAGCAUGCAGUUGUUUCUUAUAAUCAAGAGGAGCUUAAAGAGAUGCAGUGCUCUAACAAAGAACCAGACGCUAUUUAAUUUGUUCAAGGUGUUUCAAAGAAUUCUCAAAGCAUAUGCAACAAAACUUUUUGCAAGACUACCUAGGGGUGGAACAGGAAUAGUUGCAGCAGCCACGGGCAUGGAUGGACAGAUAAAGACUUCUGACAGGGAUGAAAGGGUGAUGUGUUAUAUUGUGAAUUCAGCUGAAUAUUGUCAUAAAACGUCUGGUGAAUUGGCGGAAAGUGUAUCUAAAAUAAUCGACUCUCAAUUAGUGGAUGGAGUGGAUAUGUCAGAAGUGCAGGAUGAAUUUUCGGCAGUCAUAACAAAAGCGUUGGUAACCCUAGUGCAUGGCCUGGAAAGUAAAUUUGAUGCUGAAAUGGCUGCAAUGACACGUGUUCCAUGGGGUACCCUUGAAAGUGUCGGUGACCAAUCAGAGUAUGUUAAUGGCGUAAAUAUGAUCCUUGCUAGUAGCAUUCCUGUACUUGGAAGACUUCUUUCACCCGUUUACUUCCAAUUCUUCUUGGACAAGCUUGCAUCUUCUCUUGGUCCCCGCUUUUAUGCGAACAUUUUCAAAUGCAAGCACAUAUCAGAAACUGGAGCCCAACAAAUGUUAUUGGACACUCAAGCAGUAAAGACGAUUCUUCUAGACAUUCCUUCACUUGGUCGACAAACUUCUGGUGCAGCAAGCUAUUCAAAAUUUGUGAGCCGUGAAAUGAGCAAAGCUGAAGCACUUUUGAAGGUUAUACUGUCCCCAUUUGAUUCUGUGGCGGAUACCUAUCGAGCAUUGCUACCAGAGGGAACACCGAUGGAGUUUCAGCGUAUUCUGGAGCUUAAGGGCCUUAAAAAAGCUGAUCAGCAAAGUAUACUAGACGACUUUGUCAAACGUGGGCCAGGGAUUACGCAACAUUCUAUCGUGCCAUCGGUUGUCCAGGCAGUCCCUACUGCCCCGGCAGCUCCUGCAAUACCCAAUCUGGCUUCAAUAGGACUAAUUGCUUCACGGGAGGAUGUGCUAACCAGAGCAGCUGCACUUGGAAGAGGUGCAGCUACAACAGGAUUCAAGAGGUUCCUUGCUCUAACUGAAGCUGCAAAAGAUCGGAAAGAUGGGCCCUUCAGAAAGCUCUUCAAUGCUUGAAACUUUUUUUUUUUUUUUUUUUUUUUAUCUUAUUAAUAUUGACCAUCAUCAUUUUUCUCUACUGUGGCUCCAUUUCAGCUCUUACAAAAGCAUAAUAAAUGAACUUGAUUGGUCCUUCAAAGAAUUUGAGUUGAAGGGAAGCAAUAACAAAAUAAUUACUACUACGUAUUCAACUCUAAAUCAUUUGAAAUACAUGGGUGU